GAGCUCGCAUCUUUGGUUGCUAGGCGAUGGGAGGUUGCCAAUCACGGUUCUGGUUUCUUCUAAGGUUCCACCGGGAGAAGCGUCUGUAGUAACGGGAUCCGGGAGUGACAGGGGUCCGCUGAGCGCUGAGGAUCGUGUGAAAGCUGUGUGACAUUUUAUCCAGAAAGGAUGACCGCCGGCUCCAUCUGUGUACCGCAGAUUAUACCGCUUCGCGUUCCUAUUCCCGGGAAAGGAAAAUAUGAAGUAGACACCAACACACCAAUUGAUAUCAAGUCAGAUUCCCCAGAUGUCUCCAUAUUCUAUACACUGGACGGAAGCAAGCCAGAUUUGCUUAAAAAGAUUGGCCACAUAGAAAACACCACUUUAAGAUAUCGAGGUCCAUUUACAUUGCCGGAUGGGAAAAUCACUGUUAAGGCCGUGGCUGUGAGCAGAGACAACAGAGAAAGUGGCAUUGUGACCAAAGUGUUCAGUGUGGAGUAUGUUCCUCCAGAGAUCGAGUCAUCAGAUGAAGAUAACGAUGAAAACUUCCUGAAAGAGCUCUCCAAACAGAACACUACCAAUACUUUGUCUCCUCUGAAGACUAAAAAGAAAGAUGGCAUGUCACAAAGAACUUCAGCCUGGGAUGAUACAACACACAGUUAUAAAGAUCUUGAUCUGGAUGGGAGAAUCAGUCACAGGUCGUUGACUGGUCCAAGAUUUCUGAAUAGCCGUCUAGGAAAGACCAGCCAAGCAGAAGAGGCAUUGUCAGUACUGCAGACCCAGAGGUCACAGGUGAAUGAUGCAGCUGAAUCAAUAGUAAAGAAGAGUCUAACAAGUACACAGAGCAUGAGGAUCCAGAGGGAGACAGAUUUCCUCAAGUGUGCCCACUGCUUAGCCCCUCGACCAUCUGAUCCAUUUGCACGCUUCUGUCAGGAAUGUGGCUCCCCGGUUCCACCAGUGCCUGGACGUCGCUUGCCACCACCAGAGGGCGCUCAGAUGGGGUUGUGUGUAGAGUGCAGAACGAUGGUCCCUAUGAACACCCCCGCCUGUAUUGUGUGUGAAGCUCCUUUGUUUGCACAGAUGCAGCCGCAAGCUAGUAUCCAUCUGAAGGAUAAAACCUUGUGUCGUUUCUGUGGAACUGGAAAUCCCAUAAAUCUAAAACACUGUGUGACUUGUGAAGCCAAACUACCGGAAACCCAAACGCCAAUAUACAGCGGAGAUUCUGCACCUCCUUUACCUAACCAGGUGGGAAAAAUGCAGGCUUGUUCCAAGUGUAGCCGUGUGAACUUGGCGGAUGCUCGUUUCUGUGACUGGUGCGGGGCAAAGCCAGGCCUUUCUGUGAGUUAUCUGACUUGCUCUAAGUGCGCGGCCAGCAACCAUCCUUAUGCCCACUUCUGUGCAACCUGUGGAGUUUACCUGGAGCCUCCGGGACGAUUCUCAGCCCAGCAGAGCAGGAUGGUAACCAGUACAAACCGCAUGACCCAAUCUGUAGAUUUAGAUGGUCGUGCUUCCUGGCAACCAUUAUCGGUCUCAUUGCCGGACCCUAGGCUAGGUACAGAAAAAAUGGAUAUGGGGACCCAGACUGUAGGAUUGUUUUACCCAUCCAGCAAACUUAUGGAGAAGAAGGAGCUGGAGCUGUUAUCAGAUAAGGAGAAGAAGGAAAAGAUGAGUGAUCGCAAACCGCUUCUCACCGCAGUCAGUCCAGGCCGAGGCUAUUGGAGGCAGCAGUUGGAUCAUAUUUGUGCACAUUUGCGCUGCUACACACAGAAUGACUCUGAAUUUAAGGCACUGAUUGGUAAACCUCGGAUGGGAAGAAUCAUAUCAGCCACAAUGCAUGAAGAUGGAUAUGAAGUCAGUCUGAGGUUGAACUAUGUCCUAGUGACAGAUAAGAAUGUUGUGACUGGAAAGCCAAUGAAUUUGUCCAGCAAUCACUUCCUGAGCAAUGUGACAGAAGGCAGAGAUGAUAUGGAUGAGACACAAUCCAGUGUGGCAAGUGAAGAUGGGCUGAGCGCCAGAAGCAACAACUUUAAAAACAAACGAUCCAAGAAGAAAAAUAGGAAGCCGAUACAGAAAGAAGACCGACUUCCUCCUGAAGAUCGGAAGCUUCUCAAGGAAGUUGGACCCAAAGGUGAAGGCAGGAUUUCUACUGUUGAGGAACUCUUGGAUGAGGGAGCAGAUCCAAACUGUAGCAACAAUGAAGAUCGUCCAGCGCUGACAGUGGCAGUUCUCAAUGGACAUUACAAAGUCAUACCUGUCCUAGUGCAGAAGGGAGCUGAUAUUGACCAGCAGUCUGGACCGCAGAAUAACACUGCUCUCCAUGAGGCCGUCCAGCUUGGCAUGGAAGGGAAGAUGUGCACUGAAGUCUUGCUAGGAUGCAAUGCAAGCAUAAAAAAGAAAAACAAUAAAGGGAUCACUGCGUAUGAUUUAGCUUUAAAGAGUGGAAAUGAACAGAUCUCCUCACUCUUUGCCUCCAAACUGGGACAAGGCAUGCUGGAUAAACUCACCAAACCAAAAAACAUCAGCCUGGAUGUGUUCUAAGCAGAUAUAUUGCUUACUUAUUAUUAUAUUAUUAUUACUUAUUGUCUCUACUCAUCAAGAAAGACGGUGUGAAAAAUCCAGAACUACAAAAUGGUGUUCUAAACAAAAUAUUAUUGCUGUGAUUUGAUGUCUGAUUAAGGAUGCCAUAAAAAAUGAUGGAAUGAAUUACUUGGGCAGCUUGGACGGUCUUUAGGAUCUCUCAGGAAUUUUGUGAUCUUCUCUCUGUAUAAACAGGUUACCUGUGAUAUAUGGCCAUAGUGUUCUUCCCCCUACCCAGAGCUUUCCCCCAUUUUUUUCCUUUUCUACCUAAACAUCUUUUACCUAUCGCCUUCCCCCACCCUUACCGUAUGUUCACACCUAUGCGCUUUUUGAUGCAUUUUGCAAUUUGCAGAACACAUUGACAGUCCAUUUAACAUGGUUUCCUAUGUUGCCCGUUAAGAUUUUUGCAUUUUUCAGCCGCUUUUGGAAAGGGUUGGGGAAAUUUUUUCCAACAGCAGAUUGCGUUUUGCCUGUAAUAGACUUCAACGGAGUCACCCCAGAAAUGCAAGUGUUGCAUUUUUUUAUGCAUUUUUUCCCCCAUUAAAAACACUGUAUAUAGCUGGUUGCUAAGGCGCGUCCGGGAAUCUGGCCACCACAUCCUUAACAACCGAUGAGUCAGCUGACAGGUGAAUGUAAAAAAAAAA